UGAAUCACCAGUGGCGCUAACAGUCAAAAAUGGAGUUUGUUGGACAUUCCAUAUGUGAAAAAGUGACACGUUAAAUACUAAGAUCCACCACGUACCGUGAUAAUAUUCCUAUGGCGAAUGUAGACAAGCCGUUUUCUACCAUUCGCGUGUUUGAAAGAAUUACGCUGUUUUUAUGAAAAGUUGAGAAAAUGGGAGAUGGAGGCGGUGUUGAUUUCCUGGGGCAAUAUCGGGCUAUCUCGAAUAAAUUGAAGAAGAGAUUCCUUAGGAAACCCAAUGUCACUGAAGCUAGUGAUCAAUUUGGUUCAUUGGCUGUGCGGUGUGAAAAUGAUGAGUUACCUCAGUAUGCCGGCCUUUGUUGGAUGGCUGCUGCAAGAUGUGAAGGUUCUUUAGGAAAUUCUCCAGGAGAAGCUUGGGACCUUGUUCGUGCAGGUCGCCAAUUUAUGAAAGCAGAAGUAAAAGGUGCUAAACUUGGAUGCCCUAGUCCUGGUGGAGAACAUUUGCAAGCAGCGAUCAAUUGUUUCUCUCAUGCAUCCAGUAAGUGGCAACAGCAUCGAACAACUGAACAACCAUCUGCUGCUAGUCCUUGUCCGCUCUCUGCAGGCUUAGCAUUAGAACUCGGAAAUGCUUUGAGAUUAGAUUUAAAUCGUGUAGCAGAAGCUGCAACUCAGUAUCAGAAAGCAGUUGAACUCCAAAGAUGUAGUCCACUGGAACAGCUACACAGUUUAGGAUUACUUGCAUCUUGUAAGAUUGAAUUAGGAGAUUAUGAUGGUGCCCUCACGACAUUCAAUGAAAUGGUAUCUGUAGCUGAAUUAGGAGGUCGACCUUACAUUGGGACUUAUAGUGAUAUUUUACAUAGGUGUGAGAUUACACGUGUUUUACUGCUUCUCAUACUGCAGCCUUCUGCUCAGAGACUUCCCCCUGACUUGGCUCAGGUGCUGGAGAAAUAUGCGUGGGCUGAGGAGUGUAGUGUUCCAGUGAGCUAUCUGAAUGAGGACGAGUUCCUGUUGCUGCAGUCUCUUGUCAUGGCAAGCCAGGCCCAUGAUGUUGACUCGUUGCAGUCUUUAGAGGCUGAGUUGUGGAAGUUCCUUUCUGCUGAGCAGAGGGACCUGCUUCGGACAUUAGUACGAAAAAUGACUCUCAGUCCCAAGUGAUAUUGUGUAUCAAAUGUUAUGUUAUAUACUUAGUUUAAUGAAUAAAUUGGUGACAAAAUGAACAAUAUUCAGACUUAAGAGGAUAUGUUUUUGACAUUAGUUUCUUCAAUAUCAUGUAUUUCCUGUUUUUAUUCACAUAAUAUAUAGUCUCUUGAGUAAAAAUUAAAAACAAAAUUGUUACACACUGUGCUCUAUAUACAGAAUUUAUUCUGCCGAAUAUAAGAUAAGGUCUUUUCUAAAUAUCUCCUUUGAGGAAAAGGGGGUCAUCUUACUUUAGCAGAUUAAGCCUAGUCACUUUGGAUCAGCGUUUUUGGAUCAGUCUUUCCUCCUCUUGAUAAAAUCUUCAUGACUAUUUGGAAGUGAAAAACAAAAAUGGCACAGGCAAAAAUACUUUAUCAUGUACAAAACAAUUUUAUUGAAUGAAGGCAAUUAGCUAUUUUAUUUUGACCAUAAAUAGUAAGAAUUAGUUAAAAAUAAGAAAUUCUCAGGAAAUCUCUUCAAAAUUAGGAGGUUGUCUUAUAUUCGGGUAAAUAUGGUA